UUGUCCCGAGCAGAAGCGGCGAGGGCGACGGAGCAGGGAAAAGCAGCGCGUUCUCAACUCGGAGAUCCACAGUAUUUACGAGGAUUAACGGAGGUCUCAGUGGUCGCGCCCGUCAAACGAUAGCGUGUGUCCGUCGACGUCCUUCGAAGAGCGGGAGAGGUUUGUCUGAGCCGUGUUCGCCUUCUGGAGCGGACUGAUCCUCGACUGUGGCCUGGCGGCUCCGUCGGACUGUCGGGACGGAAUUGAGCGUCCUCGGCACAGUUUUAUCACCAAUUGACGCGGCCGAGCACUCUUUCCUCUGCGCCUUUCUGGGAAUAAUCGCCAGUUUGACGUUUUUUUAAUGCAAGACUACGGAGCUCACAGAGGACAAGUUUGAUCCAGAGUGCGCUCGUUUCGCAGUCCGAUGGCUGUUGCCUCCGCCCGGCUGUGGCGGUGUUGUGAUAACAAAAAGAGUCAUUCCAGCAAACUGUUCGUAACGAUGCUGCAACAUCUUCAAUGUUUGCUAAAGCUGGCGUGAAUGCGGAGAAGUCGCCAUCCAUUGCUGUGCUGUAAACGUGGGAGUAGCCAACCAAUCAAUCAAUCAAUCAAUCAAAGUGUAUUUAUAUAGCCCUAAAUCACAAAUGUCUCAAAGGGCUGCACAAGCCACAAAGCCAUAACAACAACCCUCCUCUGUCGGUCUAGCAUGACCCUGGAUACACUGGAUUUAUCCUCAUGUUGAAAAGAUGCCCUUUUUGCACAGACAGUCCUUGCUGCAGUAAUCUGACUCUGCUGCUUUGAGGAUUUUGGGGGACUUUUUUUUAUAUACAUUUAUUUUAUCCGAGGAUCACAUUCGAAUGGAAAAUGGGAGACGCCACCAAACUGGCCCUUGCCGUUUUCCUCAUCUCCUGUUCUUCAGGUGCAAUCCUGGGCCGCUCGGAUACACAGAAGUGCAGCUACUACAACUCCAGCUGGGAGAAGGAGCGCACUAAUCGCAGUGGCAUUGAACCAUGUUAUGGCGAUAAGGACAAGAGGCGGCACUGCUUCGCCACGUGGAAGAAUACUUCUGGCACCGUGGAGGUAGUCAAGCAAGGUUGCUGGUUGGACGACAUCAACUGCUAUGACAGCAACGAGUGCGUGGAAAAGAAGGAGAACCCUGAUGUAUUCUUCUGCUGCUGUGAAGGCAACAUGUGCAACGAGCGGUUCCUGUAUGCACCUGAUACGCCCCCACAGAGUGACACACACCAGUCAACCGCCUACACUACAUCCAACCCAUUUCCCCAGAAGCCUCAGCUCUUCAGCACUCUGCUUUACUCCCUGGUUCCUGUCAUCGGGCUGGCUGCUGUCGUCCUUUUCUCCUUCUGGAUGUGGAGGCACCACAAGUUGGCCUAUCCAGCAGCCCUUGUUCCUACACAUGAUCCCGGCCCUUCGCCCCCGUCUCCUAUCCUGGGACAAAAGCCUCUGCAGCUGAUCGAGAUGAAGGCUCGGGGUCGCUUCGGCUGCGUGUGGAAGGCCCAGCUGCUGAGCGAAUACGUGGCUGUGAAGAUCUUCCCAAUCCAGGACAAGCUGUCUUGGCAGAAUGAGUACGAGAUUUACAGCGUGAGCGGCAUGAAGCACGAAAACAUCCUCCACUUUAUCGGCGUGGAGAAGAGGAACAACAACCUCGACCUGGAGCUGUGGCUCAUCACCACCUACCAUGACAAGGGCUCGCUGACAGACUAUCUGAAGGCCAAUGUGGUGUCCUGGAACGAGCUUUGCCACAUCGCUCAGUCGGCGGCCCGCGGCCUGUCCCACCUGCACGAAGACAUACCAGGACACAAAGACGGACACAAGCCCUCCAUCGCUCACAGGGACAUCAAGAGCAAAAACGUGCUCCUGAAGAACAACCUGACGGCUUGCAUCGCCGACUUUGGCCUUGCGCUUAAAUUUGAGGCUGGGAAAUCAGCCGGGGACACGCACGGACAAGUGGGAACGCGACGUUACAUGGCUCCUGAGGUCCUCGAAGGCGCCAUCAACUUUCAGCGCGACUCCUUCCUGCGCAUCGACAUGUACGCCUUCGGCCUCGUCCUGUGGGAGCUGGCAGCGCGAUGCACCGCCGCAGAUGGUCCAGUGGACGAGUACAUGCUGCCCUUCGAGGAGGAGGUGGGUCAGCAUCCGUCUCUGGAGGACAUGCAGGAGGUGGUUGUGCACAAGAAGCUGCGACCCUGCCUUCGAGACUGUUGGCAGAAACACACGGGUCUGACCGUGCUCUGUGAAACCAUCGAGGACUGCUGGGACCACGAGGCCGAGGCACGACUCUCUGCCGGCUGCGUGGAGGAGCGCAUCGGCCAAAUGCAGCGGCAGGCUCCCAUCACCGGGCCCGAGGAGAUAGUCACCGUCGUCACCAUGGUGACCAACGUGGACCUGCCGCCCAAGGAGUCCAGCUUAUGAUCCGCCAACGGAGCGCAACCAGAUGAGCACCCAACGGGCGGCGAACGGCCAACCCUGGCUGGUUGGCUUGUCGUGUUGCUUUCAUUCUGGUUUGGUUGUUGUUUUGUUUGUUUUUUUUACUACUGGCAGCCACUCGCGCUCAGGACAUACCAUGUGACCACCUCACCGCAUCACUGGAUCUCCACCUCAUGUCAACAUGUGUGCCUGAGGAUGAGAACAGUUGACAGCAUUCAGGAUGUUGACGGUGUUGACACUCAAACAGUUUUUUCUACACGUCAGAAGGCAAGCUGCUCAACGCGUUCCUCCACAGUCAGAGAAGAUGGAUAUCCUAAACUCUGUGCAUUAAUAUAUAUAUAAUAUAUAUAUAUAGACAUAUAUAUUAUAUAUUUAUGAGCACAUGGCUCUUGAUACCGUUGCUGUUUUCUCGUGUGCGUGUUUUUUUUUUUUUUUGAAGAAGAAGAAUCGACUAACAUUCUGCCAAUAAGCAACGGCUUUUGAAUGUUUCUAGUGUAAUGCUGCUGUAAAUAGUGUAUUAUGGACCCACACCACUUGUUAAUCCAUCUUAUUUUAAGGGGCGGGAGGGCUGGAAAGGGGCAGGGAGGGUGAUCCAUUUUCAAGCAUUAUGAUAAAAAAAAACCAUAGACCUCCUUCAACCAGGUAUACCUCAGUUCAGAUGGACAAAUGAUUAGUCCCUCUCACUGUUCACACUUACUGCUCGCCCUCUGCGUCCAAACACCACCCUCGGUGCUCGUGGGUAACGUAGUCUUUAUUUUGGCUGGUUUCGUCGUGUCUCUCCUCCAGUUGUUUGCUACAAAGUCAUACGCUCGCAGAGCACGGUCAAGCUUUUGCCGUUUGUUCUGUGAAAUAACAACCAAGUCAAUCCGCCAUUGUUUCUACUUUUGAAAGGUUUCAGGUUCUGAGUCAAAAGGUGCCAGAGCUGGUUGGAGUGCACAUAUCUCAUUUGACUACUAUCAAGGAUUUUCGCUCUCAGUUUCUACGCCUCAGGAAUCUUUACUAACCCAUCCUCGUCCUUCUCAGGCCGUACGUCCUCUGGCCGCCACUUCUCCUGCUUUGUCUCCACGCUGACAGCCAAGUCGCACGACUUCACUGUCUCUUCUUCGAUUCAGGUUCUGAUCACUGACCGAGGCCAAGAACCGAGGAGUCGUAACGGCCCGGGUUUCUGUUGCCACUAAACAAAACUGCCAGUCAUGUGCUGUUUCCCCUCGCCCUCCCCCCGUCACCCGGCCCCACGUCAGACCAGACGAGACAUCUUUGAUUCUGGUGCCAUUCCUUCCACCACACUUCCUCUCGUAGAUGUCAGGCCAAACGGAUGUAUCUGCCGCCGUUGCUUCCACGACGGCGGCGCUUUGUUUUGAAGCUCAUAUUUUUUGCUCUGAGGGACUUCGAAAACCUGCAGUCUCUCCUCGAGCUUCGGGUCGGUUUCACGCGAUGCAAUUUCUGAUCGGUUGAAGAGUUUGUUUAGAAAACGGGCAAACCUGUGGAAGGUUUGUCAGAAAAGUCCCAAGACUGCCGACCCGUUUUAGUGCGAGAGACGAGGCGAUAGUUGUGGCAGGACAAUUUGUGGUAGCUCACAAUCAGCUCCUUUUGUGACUACCAUGAACUGAUUAACGUAGACCAAGACUUAAACAAGUUGAAAAACGUAUUCGGGUGUUACCAUUUAGUGGUCAAUUGUACGGAAUAUGUACUGUACUGUGCAAUCUACUUGUAACAGUUUCAAUCAAUCAAUCAAAAACCAUGUCUAGUAACUAGCAUGAAGAUAGCUAGUGGGCCAUUUGCUAUUUUUCAACGCUAAAUCUGAUACCACAAUUGGAUUCAAUUAAAUUCUUGGGGGUAAUUAUCGGAUUCAGAAUCAAUGCUCGAUUCAAAAUCGAUCCUUUUUUUAAUACCAUUGAGUGCCAGUUCUA